AUGCCGCCAAAGCUCGCCCUUCCGGGCAAUCUCCUCAAGGAGAUGGGAGUCUCUGGAGAACCCAAAGGAACGCCGCGCGACAACAGUCGCUGGAAGAGCCAGAGCCAAAACCGACGGGACAAACGCAAGGCCGAGCGAUCACAGAAGCGCCAGGGACCGACAGCACCCCGAAGGCCGCCCGUCAGAGCUGCACCUCCCAGGCCGUCUCGCCAAGAACCGGACGAGUCCAAGGACGACUCGGACGACGGCCAUGCCGCGACCAUUCCGACGAAACGAGGAGCGCAAGGCGCAAAAGCGGCCAGCGACACAAAUCAGCGAAAGAGGAAGAGGAAGGCCCCCGUGGAGGAGGAAGAGGACGAUGACGACGACGAGCCAGUCUCGCCGGUCGCGAAGACGGCCAAGACUUCGCGCAAGAUGAGGGACAAGUUUGCGCAGGAUGAUGCCGAGAUUGAAGACCUCGAGCGGAAACUCGGCAUCAAGAAGGGUCGCAAGGCCCUGCCCAAGUCCUUCCACGAAGAUGGCCUUGACGCCCUGCUGGACAGUGACGGAGGUGAAGACGACAGCGAGCGAGACGAGAGAACAAAAGCCAAGCGGGAGGCAGACGAGUGGUUGGCCAAGAAACGGAGGAAAGCGGCAAAGGCAGAAGUGCCCGUCGACAGCGAAGAGGAGGCGGACGAGGGCGAUUCGGACAUGGACGACGGCCUCUCGGACCUGCUAGAAGACGACGAUGACGAUGACAACGACGACGACGAUGACGAUGAGGGCUCACUUGGCGACUUUGGCGGUGACGACGACGACGAAGAUGACGACGCAGGAUCAUUUGGCGGAUUUGACUCCGACUCGGAUGAACCAACAAAAAACAAGCCCAGAGUCAGAGAGAACCCGUACGUCGCGCCAGUAACGGCUGCCGCUGGCGGUGAGAGUGCUGGCAAGUACAUACCGCCGUCCCUUCGCAAGGCGCUCGGCAAGGAUGCGGAUCUCGAGGCUCAGAUUCGGAGAAAGACUCAGGGUCCUGUGAACCGUGUCACCGAAGCGAACCUUGUCUCCAUUGUGGGAGAGAUUGAGAAGAUCUAUCGCGAACACCCACGCGGCAUCGUCACGGAUAUCCUUUCGGACCUGCUGAUGGCGCAAAUCUGCGAUGCGACAAGCAAACCAGACACGCUUUUGGUUCUUUCUGCCGGGUUCAUAGCAGCCUUGUACAAGGUCAUUGGUGUCGACUUUGCCGCCCAUUUCGUCACAGCUGUGGUUGAACGGUUCCAGAGAGAGCACGAUGCGGCAGAAAAGAUGGCUGCUGAGGCCCGCACCCCGACCAAGGAGACAUCAAACUUGAUCACGGUGCUGGCAGAAAUGUACGAGUUCAAGGUCGUUUCGGGCAAAAUUUUGUUCGACUACAUCAAAUUCCUGCUCCAGGACUUGUCAGAGCUCAAUGCUGAGAUUUUGCUUCGUAUCGUUCGACUGGUCGGAGCGCAGCUUCGAAAGGAUGACCCCUUGGCGCUCAAGGAUAUCGUCAGCCUCAUUCGGCCCGCUGUUGCCAAGAUCGGCGAGGCGAACCUCUCCGUACGAACCAAGUUCAUGAUUGAGACGAUUAGCGACCUCAAAAACAAUAAGCUCAAGACCGGCGCGCAGGAUCUAGCCGUCCUCCAUGAGCACGUCACGCGCAUGAAGAAGCAUCUCGGCACCAUGGACACAUCGAAGCUCAAGGCUACCGAACCACUCCGCAUGGGUCUUGAUGACAUUCAGGCUGCAGACAAGUCGGGCAAGUGGUGGCUGGUUGGUGCCAAAUGGGCUGGGCAGGGAGGCGAUAGCAAGAAGGCCGACCCGACCGCAGCCAGCGCCGGCGCCGCCGGCUCGGCGGAGGUGGCGUCAGACGAUGAUGUGAUCAUAGAUGACGGGCUGGACAUGCCGAACUACGCCGAGCUCGCACGCGAGCAGGGCAUGAACACGGACGUACGCCGCGCCAUCUUCAUCGCCCUUGUCGCGGCAGCAGACUUUAACGAUGCCUACUUGCGGAUAUUGAAGCUGCGUCUCAACAAGUACAACCGCCGGGAGGUCUCCAACGUGUUGGUCCAGUGCUCCGGAGCGCAGCAGCACUACAACCCUUACUAUACGCUGGUCGCGAGCAAGUUCUGCGGUGAUUCGAGGAUCAAGUAUGCUUUCCAGGAUACCCUGUGGACAUUCUUCCGCAGACUUGGAGAGCCUCUCUUUGGAGAGGAACCGGAAGAGGAAGAUGAGGAAAUGACAGAUAACCGCCGAAUCAUCAAUACGGCCAAGAUGUUCGGCAACCUUGUCAUGGACUCAUCUGUAUCAUUGACCGUACUGAAACCUCUGAACAUGGCUUACGUCAAGGACACGACGGGUUUGUUUGUGGAGGUGAUGCUCAUCACGGUUCUCCAGGGCUGCAUCAAGAAGGACCCAAAAAAUAUAGAGACGAGUCUCGGCAAAAUCUUCGCCAACGGCAUGGCGCCGGAGUUCGCAAGGAGUUUGAGGUACUUUCUCCGCAAGAAGGUCCGUAAAACAGACCUGGUCGAUGGAAAGAAGGAGACGGCCAGAGUCAAAGAGGCGUGUAGAAAGGCCGAGGACAUGCUGGAACAGCUAGAGCUGCGGGAAGAGGAAUAA